CUUGAAGCUCGCCUGAGCUCCAGCGGACCCCAUCAUCAUGAUGUGGUCUAACUUCUUCAUGCAAGAGGAAGACCGACGCAGGACAGCUGUGGGCCGGCGUCGUGCCCAAGAGCAGCAGAAUCUCGGCUUGACUCCGGAGCGAGAGGGCAAGAUCAAGCUGGGGUUGCUGGUGGCAAUCGUGGGUGCCACUCUGGCUGUGCUGGCUGUGGGCACCGAGUUCUGGGUGGAACUCAAUACAUACAAGACCAAUGGCAGUGCCGUCUGUGAAGCCGCCCAUUUGGGGCUGUGGAAAGUGUGCAUCAAGCGACUGUGGCAGGCGGAUGUGCCCGCGGGCAGGGAGACCUGUGGCCCAGCUGAGCUGCCAGGAGAAGCAAACUGCACCUACUUCAAAUUCUUCACCACGGGGGAAAAUGCGCACAUCUUCCAGCGAACCACCAAGAAAGAGGUUAACCUGGCAGCUGCCGUGAUAGCUGUGCUGGGCCUCACUGCCAUGGCCUUGGGCUGCCUCUGUGUCAUCAUGGUGCUCAGUAAAGGUGCAGAGUCCCUGCUCCGAUUGGGAGCUGUCUGCUUUGGCCUCUCAGGCCUGCUGCUCUUUGUCAGCCUGGAGGUGUUCCGGCAUUCCGUAGGAGCCCUGCUGCAGGGAGUCAACCCUGAGACCCCUCCAGCUCCACGCCUGGCCUAUGAGUAUUCCUGGUCCUUAGGCUGUGGUGUGGGUGCUGGUCUAAUCCUGCUGCUGGGGGGAGUCUGUUUCCUCUUGCUCACCUUGCCUCCCUGGCCCUGGAGGUCACUGUGCCCCAAGAGGGGUGGCCCAACCGCCUAGAGCCUGCUUUCUGAAGGCCUCUGCCAACCCUGUCUCCGUUGCCAGCUUUCUCCUCAAGACUUUUCAUCUCUCUUCUAGAG